AUGGCAGAAGAGAAAAGCGGGAAGAAGCAAGUGAUGGUUGCGGUCGAUGAUAGCGAUUGCAGUAAACAAGCUCUGAAAUGGACGCUCGUGUAUCUCAAGGAUAGCCUCGCCGAUUCCGAUAUCAUCCUCUUCACCGCUCAGCCUCCACUUGAUCUCAGCUCCGUCUAUGCUUCCUCUUAUGGCGCCACUCGUUAG